AUGAGUUUUGUGGCAAAUCAAGAGAACAAAAUUAUUGCCGCAUUAUUCAAUAAGCAGGAAUUCAAGCGAGAAUUGAAUGGAAUUUGCUGUGAAUGCCUUGCUUCUUUACCGAAGUUUAAUUCUCCAAAGGAAGUCGUAAAUCUCAAAGUCCUUUACGAUUAUCUUAAAGUCUUUUGGGAAUUUGAUCAUAAUCUUCCAUAUAUUGUACGUGCUGCUGCAGAAAUUACGAAAAAUACAUGCCUUAGCGGUCUUAGAAGUUUAAUUAAGGUUUUACCAGUCAUCGAUAUUAACUGUGAUGAACCUCCGCAAAUAGGAAGUAAUGAAACAUCCUUCCUGCAAGGAGCAGUAAUAAAUGAAGCCUUGAAAAGCAAAUAUUUUAGGAUUUCUAUUCGCGUUAUGAACGAGAUGAUUAUUCAUCAUUUCCUACAAGAAAUGUUUAUGGAAAACCCAGUUGUCUCAAAAAAUGACAUUCCUUUAAUGAUCCAAACAAUUAUAAAUUUAUUAAUCCUGCCAAACGAAGAUAUACAAUACCAACAAUUCCACUACUUUGCUGCAAUUAAAAUGUCGACUGCAAUGUACACAUUAUCAAAGUCGUCACCCCUUUAUGUCUAUACUUACAUUGAACAGAAUUUAGUUCCAUCGAAACAUGUAAAUAUUUGGGAACUUGCAGUUAAAUAUGCGUUGUUUUCACAAAUUUUAUUGGAUUCAACCGUUAUUUUCAAUCAUAAAACAAUUUUGAAAUUUUUCCAAACAAUAAUCAAGCUUUAUGACUCGAAACACUGCAUCCCUGAAGUUCAAGAGAUUAUACCCGGAUUUCUUACCAAUCUUCUCGGUACAAUUUUAGACAGUCACGAAGAAUUUUGGAAUUCUAAAUUUAUUUACGAAAUUUAUACAGAUUUAACGAAAAAGAUCAGCUCAUCAUCAUACACAGGCGAGCUAUUCGUUCCGCAUGCGAUUUUACAGAUUUUUACCGAACAUCCGAAAACGAUCAUGACAAUUCCGAAUUACUUCAAUCUGUACUUCAAGAAGAAGAUCAAUUUAGACAAUAUUGGCUGUCCGCUCAUCAAAUGCAUGACUCUCUUCUUGCGAGGCCGUCAUUAUCUUCCUCCAAUUGCAUUAAAGCGAGAUCACGAGAACUAUCAGUGGCAUAUUGAUGAUGAUAACUCAAUCAUGUAUAUGUUCGAUUUGGUUGUCUCAAAUCCAACAAUUUUCAAAGAUUGUCAAUUUGAACUUUCAGAAUUUUUGUUACAGUUGAUUUCAUACAAUAUUCCGAUGUUUUGUGUCGAUAACCUCUCAACCAUACAAAGUAAUGCUCAAUUUCUCGAAAAUAAUUCUCCAGCAUUAUUACUUGCAUUUAAACAAGUCCUUUCAUCGAGAUCCAAGUUCCCUUACCUUGGUGAUUCGAGAAAGGAAAUCGAACCAUUCGUAAUCGAAUGUUCUCUCAGAUUUUUAUCAAAUUUCAAGAACAAAUCGUCCGAAAAACCAUCUCAAAUAGCUGUAGUAGCUCCAAUUAUGGACUCUAUCGACUAUUUCCACGGAGAUAUCGAUAUGUUCGCGUUGAAUAUCGAUAAAGAUGGAUUUCCUUUAGUCAAAGUCAAGAAUAACAGCAUCAGCUAUGCUCUAUUGCAGAAGUGGCUGUCAUUAUACCAGGUAAAUUCAGACAACGGAGUCCUCAAAAAGUGCGAAGACGAUAUAGUUUUCGGAACAGGCGAUUUAUCGAACUACAACCCUACUAUUCUGCAAGGUAUCACUGUGUUCAGCGUAUUUGGCGAGCUUCCGCCCAUCGAACAAUUACCAGAUUGUAUUUUAAACAACGAUAACUUCAUUUCCUCAAUAACUAUGAGGUUUACAGCAACACUAGCUGUCGGAUCAGAGUAUUUGGCGAACGAAUUCAUCAGUAUUCUUACUCGUUUGAUUAAGAUUGACUUAGGAAUUCCAAUGAACUUGUACAGAAUCAUAUAUUUGAUGAGCGAAAUCGUAACAGUGUCCAAAUCCAGGAACUUCAUAUUCUAUCCUCAAUAUGCCAAAGACUUAGGCAUCGCGAUUUUCUAUUCUUUAUGUUCUCCUUCUCCAUUUGUCAGAGAAAGAGCGUUUUCUAUUGUCAAAAACCUCAAGAACAUUCCACUCUUGGAUACAAUCAACUCCAUACUCCCAGAAGUAUCAAGGAACGCGUGGAAACAUUGUUUGGUCGCUUUGACAUUUUCGAACGAUAGGAAAAUCCAUGAACCAGAUUUUUUGGAUUUCCAGACAGUUUUAGAGUCACCAUAUGACAAUAUCUAUAAUUUCUACCUCGCAAACUUAGUCUACAAACUCAAAGAAGUUUCAAAAGAUAUCAGCUUCGAGAGUAUCAUCAAAUCCAUAUUGUAUACGUUAGAGCGAGUCAGCCAGUCCACGAAAUCAAUCGACUGCCCACCGUAUAUCGCUUCUUUGAUCAUGAUUGUUCUAUUAUUUAGUGAAAAAUGCGACGAUAACGUUGUAUACGCCAUGGAUUUGUUAACAACAAUAACAACACUUACCGAACCACAGUACGAAGCUUUGUUUUGCUGUUUGUCGAUUCAAAAUAUCAGUUCUAUCUUUGAUUUCUCUAAGAACAACAAAUUUUCUAAUGGUAUCUGCUUUGGCAUCCAUGCAUACGCUAGUUCUCAUAAAUUGACUAACACUGACAAGAAUAAUUCGAUCAAGAUUUUGACGUUUUUCUUGGAGAACAACAAAGCAGAGAGUGAUCGCUUCCAUCAUAAUCUUUUGCUUGCAGCAUCUACUAUUUUCCUUAAAUUCCCCGAAAACAACAAGACAAUCUUUGAUUUGUACUCCAACCAAGAAAUUGAAUACGAAAAAACGAUCAAAUCCAAAAUUUGGUUCAAUUAUUUGUACAAACAAAAUGAAAAGGAUGAAAUUGCUAUGCUCACAUUAGCUUCCCUUCUUUCUUUCAUGUCUCCUCCGAACAAUGUUUUCCAAUCUCUCAAAAAAGAAAUUUUGGACCAAGAAGGAAAAAUUUACCAAAAAGUUAUUUCUCUCAAAAUGAGUACUCUGUCAGAAAAUGUCACUUUUUCACCAUUAAACAAUGAAGUUACUACACCAGAGACUAAAGUUGUUAAUUCAUUUUUGAGGACUAAUUUUGUUGACUUGAUUGAUUUCUAUAUCGAAAAUGCAUGCGAAAGUAAUGGAUUUAUUUAUUUCGAAGCAAUUUCAAAACUUUUCAAAUCAUAUGAAAACAAAAACGAUUUCUUGAACAGUAUUGAAGAGAUCUUUGAGGAUUCAAAGAACAACAAGAAAGUUGCACAAAUCAUUGAAACAAUCUAUAAACACACGGGUGUUUUGUUGGCAUUAGGAUUUCUUUAUCUGACUAAAGAUAAAAGUAACAUCCGAUUAGAAGCAUUUUCAUUGAUUGCUAAUGUUAGUUUGAUUGCAUGUAAUUACUUGAACAAAAGGCCAUUGUUAGGACGAACCAUUGAAUUCUUGGAUUCUAUUUCUCAGAUAUUCAAAACAUCAUUACAUUCAUUGUGUUCACAUGCAACAAAAAUCUUGACUAAUUAUUUAGCUGAAGAAUUUUCAUUUUGUGGUGAACAGUUUGUAUUUUGGAUGUUCCAAGAUAUGCAAGAUUAUCCAUUCCACACGGAACUUGCUAUGAUUGUUUUACCAUGGAUUAAUGGUGUUUCAUUUGAUUUCAAGAAGAACAAAGUUUUCAAGAACACUACAAACGAAUUUGUUAUUUUCUCAUGUGUUUCAUUUGUUGAUAUUCUUUUGAAUCUUCCCGUUUCAUCUAAUCUUUUAGGAAUCAUCGAUAAAAUUGCCCAUGAAAAAGUCUCAUCAUCAAUCAAUGUUGUUGAAUUCCUUGUUAAAUACAUCAUCAUGGAAGGUCAAUUCAACGGUUCAUCAAUCAUCAACUGCAAGAACAUCACCAGCUACAUAUUAUCCGAUCGUCCCGAUCAAGUUGUUCCAGUUCUUAAAUACAUUUUCAGUUUCCAAAUGUGGUUGUUCAUGUUUAAUAAAAACAAUUCAAAUAAUGAAGAAAAGAGUGAUGAAAAUGAAGAAGACAAAUCCGACAAUAAGUGCCAAGAAGAAGAGGAUUCAUUAGAAGAAUUACCAAAGACAUACCGAAAUAUCGUCAACUUCGGAUUCAGUGUUUUACGACUUACAUACGAUGUCUGGAACAUUUCGGACAAUCUUACAGAUUUUGUUUUAGUUUUUUGUCUUGUUAAUCCACUUAAAACAGACUUAAACUCCGAACUGAAGAAGAUAUUGCCACAUUACAAAGAUAUCCACCGAUCUAACAUCCAAAUUUAUGUACGCGAUUAUAUUUUGAGUCUUUCUAAAGAACGUCAAAUGAUGAUUGGAAAACAAUUCAUCACAUGGGGCUUGUGUUGUGGUGAUACAGCAAUUGCAACACGUGCAUUAACAUGGUAUUCAUAUCUUUUGAUUCCAUCAACAAAAAGUAUUUUAGAUGACUUGAUUUCAUCUAUCCAAAUCUGUGCUAAAGUUUUAUACGAAGUUACAAAUCAAGUUUCUAAAGAUUGGCAAAUCCGAGCAUUGACACAAGAUGUGAAACCAGAAACAGACAAACUUAUUCAAUAUAUUUGUGAGGUAUUCAAAAUUUUGUCAAAUUUGAUACCGAAUGACGAUGAAAGUCAUCAUACAUUGUUUUACAUUUCUGUUUCAUUUUUGAAUUGCUAUGGCAAGGAGAUGAACGAAUUGAUCAAAAACGUUUUGAUUUUGAUUUCGGUUUUGUUGGAACAUCAACCAACAUUAAAUGGUAUCAAAAACGAACAGAAACCAAUUACUUUCAAAGGCAUUCUUUACUAUUUUAUCAACACAGCAUUGAUAAGUGAAAGUGUUACAUUGAUCCACCAAAUCUUCAUGAGUUUGUUCAAAAACGAUUUGACACAUUUAGUUUACGAUGGAGACAAAAACAAAAAUUUUGCCAUGUCACUUUUAUUCUUUAAUGCUAUUAGUGAAUUUUGUGGCUCAACUAUGCAUGAAGAUCUUUUGAUGAUUGACAAUCUUGAAUCUCCAUUUGCUAUUGAUAUUUGUAAGAACGAUUUGUUGAAGAUGUUGAAUGAAACUGAUUUAUCAUUAAUUGUUAAUUUAUUUGAUCGGUUUUUGUCGGUUCUUCUACGUAACGCCGGAAGUGUUGUUUUCCGACUUUGCAACGAUUUGAUCACAUGCAAAGGAAUCGAUGCUAAAGUAUUUGCACCUAUUGCAAGCAGAGCAAGUUACGACGUCGAACCAGAACACGCAGCGAUUUCAUUGAAAUUUUUGACUAAAGUAUCCAAGAGUGGUGUUUCUAUUGAUUUAACACAACAAAAGCCAGUUUUGAAGAAACCAUUCCCACAGAUAUACUUCCCCGAUGACAUAUCAGUCAACAGGAACUUCGUUACACAAUCUAAACUUAUGUUUGAAGAAAUCUCCAUGUUUCCUAAACAUCCUAUUUACGACAACUCAUUUGUGAUGAGCGAAACAGUCACAUUGAUCAAAGAACAGUGGUCUAAAAUCAAUGUUUGGCCAAUGUACGAAUGGGAAGACAUGUUUAAACUUGCAGAAGAUAAAAAUGAAAAGAAUCUUUCACUCAAAGAAAUCUCAGACGAAAUGAAGUCAUCCUCUAAGAGCGAAUUCAAAUCGAUCACUAUGUCUACAGACUUGACAUCAUCUGCAUUCAUGCCAUCUAAUAUUAACUAA